AGAAACCUACAAGAGAAUCAGAUCACAGAUUUAUCAAGCAUUGCCACUUCUGGAAUUGGACACGUUUAUAACCUGUAGGCGUUUGUUCCCUAUUGAACUGAAUGUUUCAUUUUUUGUUUGUUUGGUUGUCUGGUUUUUUUUAAAUGGGUGGAGGGGGUACUUACAGAGAAACCGGUUUACCUUUUCUUUGGAUGCCUAUAUUCAAGUGUGCACCAGCUCUACUAACGUUUGA